AUGGAAGAAACAAUUGAUAAAAAUAUAAUUGUUAAUAAUGCAAUAUUAUCUUCUCAUACAUCGAAUAUCAUACAAAAAUUAGAAGAAUUUUCUCGUCAAUGCAAAAUUUGUGGCGCUUCUGCUUUACAUUCAAAUUAUGGUGUCAUUUCAUGUUCACCAUGUAAAAUGUUUUUUAAACGAAAUGCUAUAACAGGACAAAAACACUUUAAAUGUCUUUAUUCUGGUCAAUGUGAUGUUAAUAUUAAUAAUCGUCGUAUAUGUUCGUCUUGUCGACUUACUAAAUGUUUUCAAAAUGGAAUGCAAUCUGAUUUAUUUCGAUCUUCUUUAACGAAAAAAAUUAUAUCAAAACGAAAACAAAAUAAAAUGUCGAAAUCUAUGAUAGAAUCUUCGAAUAUUUUACAGAAGAUACAAGAACAAAAACAACUACAACGUCUACCAACAUUGAACCUUUUACAAUCAGAUAAUUCAACAUUACAUACUAAUCAAUGGACACUUUUAUCUAAUUUAUUUUAUAAUUAUGAUGAAAGUAAACUUCUUUUAAUUGGUCAACAAUUGAUGAACGAAAAUAAUCUUGAAAAAUCUAUGAUAUCUAUCAAUUCAAGACUUUCAAAACAAUUUUUCAUGACAACUUAUGAAACAUCAGGAGCCUAUCUCAAUUCUAAUGGUGAUCUUCGUAGAUUAUCAUCCGAUAAUCGUAAUGCUUUUCUUCGUACUGCUGCUGAAAAUAUUAAUUGUCUAGGUACAAUAUUUAGUUGGAAUCGAUCUCAAGUUUACAAGUGUAAAAAUUUUGUAAAUACUUGUAGAGAUCUUUAUGGACAAUCUUCCGUAGAUAUGAUUGAACAUAUAUUAAAAUAUAUGGAUUCCGAUAUUGCAAUCGUUAAACUUGCAUUAUCAUUAUUUACUUUCUCCAAUAAUAUUACAAUAUUUUCUUCAAUAGCAAUGAUAAAUCCAAUAAAUACACUUGAGAUCUUUCAUAUUCAAAAUACUUAUUCAGAAGUCAUAUGGAAAUAUCUCCUAUAUAAAUAUGGAUUUUAUGAAUCUGUUCAACGAUUUAUGACUCUUAUUCAAUGUCUUUUGACUGCAACAGAUGGUUUAUAUAAUGCACAAUAUAUGGAAAAACAUGAGAAUGAUAUUGAAUUACUUGUUGAAAAUCUUGAACUUGAACUUCUCUUAGAUGAUAUUGAACACAUCAAUUAA